UUAAUAGCAGUGUUAUGCACAUUACGAUUUUAUGCAUCUGGAAGUUUUCAGCUUACUUGUGGGGAUCUUGGAGGAAUCUCACAGUCAACUGUGAGUAGAAUAGUAAAACAAAUUUCAACAAUAUUUGCAGCUCAAAGUCGUAAUUCUAUUAAGAUGCCCACAACACAUGCAGAAGAACAACAUAUAUAUGAACAAUUUUACCAGAUUGCGCACUUUCCUGAGGUAGUUGGCUGUAUAGACUGUACGCACAUACCAAUCAAGAAUCCUGGUGGUUUGGUUGCAGAAUUAUACCGAAAUAGAAAACGUACAUUCAGUAUAAACGUUCAAGUUGUUGCUGGACCAUCUAUGAAAAUUAUGGACAUUGUUGCAAGGUGGCCUGGAAGAGAACAUGACAGCAUGAUUUUUAAUAAUAGUUCAUUAAAAGCCAGAUUUGAAGCAGGGCAUUUGCAUGGAUAUUUAUUAGGUGACAGUGGGUACCCUUGUUUGCCAUAUCUUAUGACUCCUCUACUGCACCCAGAAAACGACUCCGAAAUUUUAUACAAUUCGAGCCAAAUUAGAACAAGAAACAUUGUAGAAAGAUUAUUUGGAGUGUGGAAAAGACGUUUCCCUUGUUUGGCGAAAGGGCUAGGAACUAAAUUAGAAACUACUUGCGUGAUAGUAGUGGCUUGUGCGGUUUUAUAUAAUAUAGGAAUUGAUUUUGGAGAGAACCUAGAUGAAGUUUUGGUGGAAGAAAGAGAUCCAAAUAUACCAGAAAACUUACAAGUAAGGGGAAAUGCUCAAGGUUAUGGAGUUCGUCGUGCAUUGAUUGCGCGUCACUUUACAGAAUGAAAUAGUUUUAU